CCGAGCGGCUGCGUAUAUAAACCUGAAGGAGGAAGGAAGGUGCAACAAGUGAUGGACAUGAUGAAGCCGUCGGUGUUGUUGCUGCUGCUCCUGUUGGCUCGAUCCUCAGCCGGUCCUCUGGACAUCGGGACCGACCCGGAGCCGGCGAAUGUCUCCUCCAGGAACUCGGAUGUAAAAGGAGAUCCUGAAGCCGCCGCUGACAGAUCAAUGCCAACAGAUGGGCCUCCGGUGCCUGUUGCUAAGCUAAGGCUGAAGAGGCAGGUUCAGUCCUCCUUCAUGUCUGGCUCUGAACUGGAGUGGGUGACCUGGAACAACUCUCUCCCAAACGACGCAGUUUCAAUUUACAAUGAUAAAUUUGAUCGCAAUGAUUAUGUCUGCAAAUACAGGUGUGAGGCGGGCUUUUACACCCCCAGCAUGGGUUCUUAUUGUCAGUAUCCAAAUGCAAAAAAAAAAUUAAGUUCUGGUUCCCCGUUUGAGAUCCUGGUGAAUAAAAACAACUUUGAGAUCCUGGAGUGGAAAGAGGGUUCGUCCGGUUCAGUGCCCCAGAAUUCAGUCAGAACCUGCUCAAAGGGGAAUAUAUAUGUAGGGAAGAACAAAUAUGGACUUGGGAAGGUUGCUACUAAAGAGAAGCACUUCUACCUGCCAUGGAAGGGUUCUGUUUAUUCGUACAGCUCCUACCAGGUCCUGACCACCAACGAUGAUAUAAUCAAUCAGCAGGUCUACGAUGUCAGGUACAUCACUGAUGAGUCUCAAAUCUUCCUCUAUCCUCCAGAGACCAUGCGGAAAACCUCCGUCAGUAACUAUGAAUGCCGCUUACUGGUGAAAACGGACUCCCUUUCAAAAACGUAUCAGGUGGAGCACAAGUGGGACAUCUCCGUUUCGCUCAAAGUUGGUAUUGAAAUGACCUUCACAGUCAGCCUCCCAUUCAUCGUCUCCGAAAGUUUUAGGUUCAGCAGCGAGAUGACGUUCCAGUACUCCAUGGGAAAGAUGGUGACUGAGGCCAUGACCAGUACAGCUUCUGUGCAGAUCACCGCUCCGCCAAACAGCUCCUGCAUGGUUAAGAUGGUGGAGUACAAGUAUAAACUGGACAUCCCGUUCACGGCGAGCCUCAGACGCACCUACGCCAACGGGGAGGUCCGCAUCACGUCCGUUACCGGGAAGUACGACAGCGUUCAGGUUGGAGAAGUCCGGGCCGUGGCGGACCGAUGUGAACGUCUAGAGGACUCCAAGCCUUGCCUUGAAAUAUAAAAGGUCCAACACAGUUUAUAGUUUUUAGUCCAAACACGUUGGUUAUUGGUUGGAAGAUGUCUAACUUCAACAAUCAGAGUGCAUUGGAUGUUUCCAGCUGUAAACUAACACCAACGGUUUCCUCCCAACAUAAUCUGUCAUUGGUUUCAUCGGUCAUCCCGGAGAGUCUGACAUCACGCAGCUGAAUGUUUCAGGCUUUUUUCUUUGCACUUCCAACCUUUGAUGAAAUCUGUCUCUUCAUGAAUUUGAUCUAAACUAUUGUAAUCCACUUUUUAUUCCUGUCUAAAUGAAUGGUUUUAUAUAUAAUAAAAACCUUGUGACCAGU